GUCUAGAAAGCUAUAAAUCCAUUCGAUAAAUGUGCAAUUGUUUCACAUAUUUCGGCACCGAUCCCUUCGUUACCAGGGCGACUAUGAAUGCACGCUAACAUCGCCGCGUUGUAUUUGGGAACUCUUAUCGUGUUUGGAGUACUUCCUGGACCUUUUCUCGAAUAAACUUUGAAAAAGACAAUCGUAUUUGUAAGUUAUUUCAUUCACUUCAGUCCCAUCUGUUUACUCUGCUGUAAGAAUAAAGACAGAUUAUUCGAUCAAUUUAUAGCCUUGUGGUGCCGGAAAACUCAGACUUUAUGAAGUCAAUCGAUGGCUUCAUCAUCAGAAUAUGAUUCCUCUGAUUCAGAAACUGACAAUAUACCUCUAAAACUGGUUCGCAAACUUCAUAGAAGAAAUGAAAAGAUUGCAGACAAACUGAAUGCUGGAGGAUACCUUGACUUCGAUGAAAUUGAUGAUGAAGAGGAUAGUGAUCAUGGUGAUGACAGGGAAAGCUCAGAGUCAGAUACGUAUAGUGACUUUGCUACGCAUAUUGAUGGUGAUGAUUCGGAUCAUGUUGCAAGUGUCAGUGCCAGUACUUCUAGAUCUACUGCCAGGAUUUGUACAGCAAUUCCAAACCCUGUGCCCAUUCAAAUUUCACCUCCACAAAGUCCGGCACAACCUGAUGAUGAAGAUUCAGAUGAAGCAAUGCCAUCUGCACCUGAGUCAUCUGAUGAGGAAGCAGAACAACAACUCAUUGCUGAGCGUGGACGCAAAAAGGCAAGAGGUCGGCCCCCUGGUCGCAGACGUGUACGAGAUCGAUCACGAACACCACCCCGUCAAUGGACUGAUAAUGUGACAGACUCAGCAGGUAAACGAUUUACCGGACCCCAACCAGGACCUACUGGGAAUUUCGCGACAUUAUCAGAGGCAGAAACAUUUCAACUCCUGUUCACUGAUGAGUUUUUGAAUGAAAUUGUACUGCUUACCAACAAGAACUUCGAGCGAAAAAAACUAAAAUCUCCAACAAAGCACAAAAUGAAGUGGUAUCCUGUUACCCGUGCUGAACUCGAGACUUGGUUUGGUGUGAUCAUCGGCAUGGGUCUCUUGCAGCUGAAAGGUGAUAUACGCAAGUAUUGGAGUGUGAAACAUAAGCUGACAAGAACUGACGGCUUUCCAGAGGUGUUUCCACGCGACCGAUUCCUCCAGGUUCUGCGUUAUAUUCAUUUCGUAGAUGAAGAGAUCGCCAUCACAAAUCGCCAACUAGCUGGAUUCGACAAGUUUUACAAGAUCCGGUACAUCUUCAACUACUUAGUGCCGAAGUUCCAAGAGGUAUACAACCCUGAGCGAGAUGUUGCGAUUGAUGAAUCCAUGAUAAAGGGACAAGCGAGGAUGCCUGCUAGGCAAUUCAUGAAGAAUAAGCCGACACGUUGGGGGUUGAAAGUUUUUGCCCUAGCUGAAUCCCAAUCUGCCUAUGUGUUGAAUUUAGACUUAUAUGAAGGCAAAACUCAGGGUGAACGACAAAACACAUUCAAUGUUGUGACCAAUCUCUCCCAGAAUUAUCGUGGUUUUGGACAUGUUAUUUUCAUGGACAAUUUCUAUACAUCUGUCCCAUUGUUCAAUGCACUCUACACUUCAGGAUUCAUGGCUGUAGGAACUCUUCGUGAAAACCGCAAGUACCUACCCAGCGAAACUGUGGGAAAGAAAAAACAACAGGUGAAACAGCUAGCGAGAGGUGAAACACUAUGGCGGCAGAGUGAUAAGUUAUAUUGUGUAACAUGGAAAGAUACGAAGCCGGUAUAUAUUCUUUCCACUGUUCCUCUGAAGAAAGAAACGCAGCCAGUCCAUCGCAUGGCAAAGAGAAAUGGUCAAUGGACACGGAUAGAGAUUGAGCGUCCUGAUAUCGUAGGUCUCUACAACAAACACAUGGGAGGUGUAGACCUCGCAGACAAAAAAAUCGCAUGCUACAAACGCCAAACGAAAUCUCUAAAGUGGUACCAUAAAGUAAUCUGGUACAUGCUCGACAUCGCUGUACUGAACGCAUGUAUCUUGUACAACAAGUCUCACAAUACAAAGGUAAAGCUACGAGACUUCAGGGAAAGGCUUUCAACAAGCUUGAUUGCAGGAAGGACAUACAGGAAAACACCAAGCCCUCCUCCACAUGACAACGUUGUGCGGUUCAACAGGACUUUGAAUCAUGCACCGAAGAAAAUGGAAACCGCAAGUACCUGCAAGAUCCAUCUUCAACGCGUAGACACCAUUUAUACUUGUUCCGUGUGUGAGGUGCGUAUGUGUCCCGACCCAUGCUUCAGUCGUUACCAUUACAUGGAUAAGUUCGCGUACAAUGAUCCAGAACGACAGCACAAGAAGAAAGCUCGCAAAAAAUUGAAGUUAGUGUGCAAUUGAAGAGAGAUAAAUCAAAGACAGGUGAACUGAACUAAUGAAUUCAAACUGAAUAUCACGAGAAUGUAUUAUUUCUAAACGGACAAUUAUUUCUGUGAUAUUUACUAGUUACUCUGAGAUGGCUAUGUUUCAUAUUUUUUGUUCGCAUAAUGUAAGAGGAUUGUAACUAUAAGCAUUGUUAUUUUGAUGUAAAUGAAAUGCAUUUCAUGUUUGACGUCUUGCCAGUAACACGUACUUCAUUACACAAUUCCGUAAAUAAAUACAAAAUGGAGGCAGGAACGCAACUCUUUUUAUUUUCUCUCAUGAAUAUUAUUUACAUUGAUCAAGGUUCAGAAUGCUGAUUCAUCAUUUCAAAUGUAAAUACAUGUAUUCAAUCUCACAAAGUACAAGAAGGUUUUCUCUCAUUGUAACGCAGAAAAACAUUCAAAUAAUAACAAAAACAAUGUUUGGAUAACUUUAUUUUUGACAAGAAAUGAGGGAUUACAAAGAAAAUGUAUAAUGUUUGUAAUUAUGACAUUUGUUUAUGUUGUAUUACUAUUUAUGUGUAUUGAUGAAUGAUUUUAUUCUAUGACAAAUGUAUUCCCAAUUUUCAAAUGUGUCUUAUAAUUAUGUAAGUGAAUAGUUCAUGUUUGAUGUUCCUUCAAGUGACACGCCUUUACUUCACAAUCCAGUAAAUAAACACAAAUGGAGGCGGGAACAAAACUCUUUUUAUUUCUCUGAUGAAAAUAAUUUUCAUUGAUCAAGGUUCAGAAUGCUGAUUCAUCAUUUCAAAUUAAAUACAUGUAUUCAAUCUCACAAAGUACAAGAAAGUUUUCUCUCAUUGUAAUGCAGAAAACAUUCAAAUAAUAACAAAAACUAUGUUUGGAUAACUUUAUUUUUCACAAGAAAUGAGGGAUUGCAAAGAAAAUGUAUAAUGUUUGUAAUUAUGACAUUUGUUUAUGUUGUAUUACUAUUUAUGUGUAUUGAUGAAUGAUUUAAUUCUAUGACGAAUGUAUUCCCAAUUUUCAAAUGUGUCUUAAAAUUAUGUAAGUGAAUAGUUCAUGUUUGAUGUUCCUUCGAGUGACACGCCUUUACUUCACAAUCCAGUAAAUAAACACAAAUGGAGGCGGGAACACAACUCUUUUUAUUUCUCUGAUGAAAAUAAUUUUCAUUGAUCAAGGUUCAGAAUGUUGAUUCAUCAUUUGUAAUGUAAAUACAUGUAUUCAAUCUUAAAAAGUACAAGAAAGUUUUCUUUCAUUGUAAUGUAGACAAACAUUCAAAUAAUAACAAAAACUAUGUUUGAAUAACUUUAUUUUUGAAAAGAAAUAAAGGAUUACAAAGAAAAUGCAUUACAUUCGUAAUUAUGACGUUUGUUUAUAUAAGUAUACAUAUGUAUUUGUGAUAUGUUUGCAACAAAUUGAUGUCAGUUCAUCCUAAAAGAUAUGCAUUGAUAGGGGUGGAUGUGGUACCUCAUUUCAAAGAAUAUUGUAAAGAACAAUCUUCCCUUCUUAGUAGAUAAUAUUUGUAUGGAAAAGACACCAUUUAUCAUAAACAGAGCAAUUGUAUUAUAUAUUUACUUCUUCAAUUAUUCAUACUUAGAAGGUCACAAUAUGCAUGUAUCAUAUAUCACUGUAAAGCUCUUGCUUUGAAUAUUUCGAAAAUGGUAUUCAAGUCUAAAUGCAGAGGAGGAAAAUAUUUUUGAUUUGUGAAUGAAUAUCAAGUUGAUAUUUAUUAUUCAUAUUUUCAUAACUCAUAUAUGACUUCGGUCAACUGGUAUAUCUUUUUGAUUUGUCAAAAUGCAUUGAAAUUUAUAUCAUAAUAAAGGCAAUUUUAUGCUCUUUCUUUUGAUACAUAAUUUGUCAACUUUCCGAUAUUUGUUGUGCCUUCGAGAGAGAUGUGAAGUGAAAAAUGCUGUUAGUGCGAAUAUUUGUGUGUGGUGGCUAGGUACGAACGGCGUUUGCAUAGUAUAAUGCCUUAGGCGGAUAUGG